AUGUUUCAGAAUAAUUCCAAUACUUUGGAAGAAAAUGACGUUCCUCAACAUUUAUUCAUAAGUCCGAAUCAUAGUUUAAGUGAUCCUUGUUCUAGUUCAUAUUCAAAUUACAGUAGUAGUGAUACUGAAAAUUUAUUUUCCACUUCAAAAAAAACAUUAAAAAGUUUUGAAUCAUCUGGGAAAACAAAAUCAAGAUUUAAAGGAAAUAAAAUUCACGAUUUACAAACUCAAAAUUAUGAUAACAAUGAAAAAGAAAAAUCAAUCGAUAGUAAAAUUGAAAAUUUAAAAUUUUUGGGUAUACCAAAAAGAUAUGAUAGACGUUCUUCUGCAGGUGGAUCUUCGAUUGACACAGAAUUUAAAAAAAGCGUUACGUCAGCAUCAGAAUUAUCAUAUAGAGAAAGAAUACGUGAGAGAUUCAAUACCGUUCGGGAAAGAGCCGUCGAAUCUUUAUCGAGACCCCAAUCGAGAAUUCAAUCGACUUUAAAAAACAAAAUCAAACACGAAAUAGAUGAUUCUUUAAAACAAGAAGAAUAUGAAUUAUCGAUAGCGUUAAAACGUCACGAAGAAGAAGCUAAAAUAGAUGAUGAAAUAAAUUUUUUCACGGAAGAAGAAGAAGAAGAAGAAGAAAAUACAUUGGAACCAGAAACACCGGAAGAAAAAUUAACUCCAGCAUCGGAAAUUCAAAGUUCAACCGAAGAAACGGAAGAAUCAAAAAUUUUACCUGCAGAACUUUUAGGUUUACAGGAUGAUUGGGAUUUGGUAGAAUACGUCGAUCCACAAAUGGUCAAAUCAAAAAAUUUAAAAUUAUGGAACGAAAAAUUAUUUUAUCCGACAACGAAACCGACAUCUUUAGAAAAUAAAUUAGAACCUGGAUUAACUCCUAGAUCAUUAGAAGAAGAAGGACAUUAUGUUGAAAAAAAAAUUAAAGUUUCAAAUAGUUUAAAAAAUAAAUUAGAACAAAGACUUUUGAUGAAUCCUGAAGGAAGGAAAUGGUUUGGGAGAGAUGGAGAAUUAAUUUCCAGUAAUUGUCCUCUCAAACAUUUAUCAGUCAGACCGUACCUUGGCGAAGACACGAAUCAAACCAGAAAUCAAUUAAUUUGGAAACCGGCCGUUCGUAGCGAAUUAACUUCGAAAUAUAAAACACUUUCGGAAAAUACAAAUUACGUUUUGGAUAUUGAUGUGAAUUCUAUUGAAUUUAGUCAUCAUCCAUUAUUCAGUAGAGAACACGUACUCGUGCAAAGGCUAAAGGAAUUAUAUAUAAAAUAUAGAAAGAGAAAAGAAUUAGAUUCUUUAAAUCGUUUAAACGGAAGAUUGAAGGCAUUAAGAAGAACAAGAGAUAACAUUCAAAACAUUAUAAAAGAAGGAGGAGAUGCAGAUGAUUUAAAUCUUGAAAAAAAAUUAAACGAGUACGUAAACGACAUAAAAGAAGUUAGAAAUAUGCGUUACGCCGAAGGAAAAAUAGAUAAACAAUUAAAAAUUAAAAUUUUAACGACUUGGAAAGAUGUACAAAAAUUGAGGGAACAACAAGGAUAUCAGUGUACAACAUUUAAAUUGAACGUCGUUAAAAAAAUCAAUGAAAAUAUCGGUGAGGAAAAAAUCAAAUGGAACUCGGAAUUAAAACAGGAAAUAGAUGAAAUUGUCAACGAAUUAAAAACGGAUUAUAAAAAGCAUUUGAAUGAAUAUAAAAAAAAACACGAAAUGUGGUUAAAUGACAAACGAGAGAGAAAGAAGAAAAAUUUUAAAAAGAUUGAAAAAACGUCGGAAACUGAAAGUGCAAACGGCUCAGAGUCAGAAGACGACGACGACGAUGAUGAUGAUGAAGAAAUAUUUGAAAAAGAACCCAAACCUCCAAAACCUGUCGUCGUGAGCGAGAUAAAAGUUAAAACGACGGAAAAAUUUAAAGAAAGUUUUCGUCUGCCUGAAGAACCUGAAUUAGAGUUUUCAAUGAGUAAAGAUUUGACGGUAGAUUCAACUUCGUAUAAUAAUAAGGAAGAAUUGAGAAGAAAUGCCGUUAAACGAUGUUGCGUUUAUAUAAAAUUAUUUUACAACGAUAAAGAAGUUUGCCGAUCAAAACCGAGUCCAAUAACUCAAAAAUUUACAGCAAAAAUAUGUCAGAGAUUUGCAAUAAGAAUUUUGGAAUGGCCAGAAAGUUUAAUGAUCGAAAUACACGAAGAGUCUGGAAGUUUAUCAAAAAGUGUUUUAGUUCCUGGAAUUUAUUUACCUCUUCCAGAUUGUUUUACUACAGUUCAAAAUUCAGAUGUGGUUAAACACGAAUUCAGUAGUGAAAUACCGAUAAAUUAUUCUCAUUCAGGUGUAGGUUCAGGUAGUGAAAUAAUUCCUUGUCCGGACGGAAGCGAUUUUAAUAAUUAUCCAUUGAGAUUGUACACUUCAGGUACCGUCGCUUUACGACUCGGUUGGGUCGAUGAUAAUGGUAAAAUAUUAGGACCGGUUGAAAAAUAUUGGAACAACGUUAGAAACGAACCGAAUUUAAAUUUAUCCGAAACAAUUUUAAGCGGCGGUGGAUUCGAUAUAAAAAAAUUAAAAGAAUGGGCUGAAAAAUCAAAAUUAGAUCCGAACGAUCCAUACAAUUCAGGUUUUUUUAAUUUUUUGGAAACCGCUUCCGAUUACGAAUGCGAAAAACCAAAACAUUUCCGGUUGAAUCCUUUACUUAAAGAAUUUGAUUUUUGCAACGAUGAUGAUAUUGAAAAUAAUUUAAGAUUGAAAUUACUUAGAUUGAGAAAUUCAUCUGAACCUGAAUUUAAAGAUUUUAAAAUGGUUCCGUUAAAUGAAAAAGAAAUACAUAAGGAAAUAUUUAAAGACUUUGAAAAAAAAAAAACAUGGCAAUAUAUUUUAAACCAAGUUCAACCGUCUGAUCCGAUUGUCGGUCAUAGAGCUUGGGGUAAAAAAUAUUUAGAACAAGUACAACAAAUGCUAUUAAAACAAUGUAGAAUAUCAAAGGGUAAUAAAAAAUACGAGGAUAUUAUUAUGGAAGAAAGUGUACCUGAUAUCGGGACACUCGCAUUAACAUUUAUGAAAUGGCUUCAACCAAGACGACCUUUACGUCCCACUAGAAAAGAAAUAAAAAAAAUAAUAACACAAAAUAUAUCGAAACAAGAUGUUAAAAUAAAUGUAAAUGUUGUGAGAGCUUUCGAAGUACCCGUUCGAAAAGAUAUAAUUAAUAAAAGUUUUAACGAUAAGGACGUUGAAGGUUUUUCAUUGGUUAACGUGAGGCCAUUUGUUGAAAUAUCAUUUCAAGGUAGCGUCGCGAGAACUACAGCGGCCGAAGGUGCAAAUCCAACAUGGAAUCAAAAUUUACAAAUUUUAAUAAAUAAUAAAAAAGAAAUUUUUUCCCCGAUAUCCGGUAAGGGUAAUUUCGAAUCGGUUAAAGAUAAUCUUUAUCUUCAUUUAUUCGAUGAAAUCGUUAUUGACUUAUUGGAAGAUGAUAGCGCGAGAGAAACAAACAUUCAUCAAAGAUUGGAAAAGCGAUGGUUGGGAAGCAUGGAAAUCCCUUUUACGACUUUGCAAUUGAAUUCUCGAAUCGAGGGAACAUUUAAAUUGUACUCCCCACCAAUACUUCUCGGAUACGAAAGAGAAGCGCAUCGAUUACAUUUUAAUUCAUCUCCCAACAAAGAAAAUGUUCUUCCACAAAGAGAUGCAACAUUUAUUACUUUAUUUCUAACCGUUCAACCAGCUUUAAAUCCUCCAAAGGUUAUCAAGGAAAAAAUGGGAUCCAGCGAAAUGGUAAAUUUAGAAAAACACUUAGAAGAAUGGCUCGAAGAAGUUAAUAUUCUUUUUCCAAAUCGUAAAAUUAAAACUUUGGUAUUGGAUAUAAGUGGAAAAUCAGUUUGCGUUACGAGAUUUAUCAAGGCGUUACCGCUACCGCCAUUAAUCGAAGAGGAAGAACCUUUUCCAGAACUCAUUGCUAGAUUUGUCGCUAUGAUACCUUUAAUUACGGAAAAUUUACUUGCUCCCGGUUAUUUUGAUAUUUGGUUAAACGGUGAUCAAGUUUUAAGACUUUUAUCUGGAGAUUUUGAAGAUCAUGCAAUUUUAUUAUGUUGUUAUUUUUUACAAAUGGGAUUACAAGCGUACGUUUUACUCGGUUCUGGAAUUCCCAACGGUUUUUCAGCAUACGUUUUAGUUAAAGAAAUCGAAAAUAAAACAGUAAAAUAUUUCGUGUGGGAUCCGACCACCGGACAAAAAUAUGGCGUCGAUGAUAGUUUUUGUCCUUUGCAAAAAGUUUAUUGCGUAAUAAACGAUGUAAAUAUUUGGGCCAACGUUCAAGCUGAAGAAACACCUCGGAGGAUGAGAUUUGAUCUUACCAAAAGAGCUGAUUGGUUUCCCUGUUUUGGUAAAAAUAUUUCACCGCCAUCUAAUAGCGUUCAACCCGAAACCAUCGAUUAUCGAAUUACAUCCAAGCAAGCGGUGGAUUUUCUUCAAGAUAAAAUCGAGAAAAAGUUGAGAGAAAGUUUAAUGAAAUGGAGAAAAAAACAAAGGACUCAAUGGAAUCGAUAUUGUGCUGCAACUUUAAGAAAACUGUUGCCAAAUUUAGAGGAAUCUAUGUGGAACACGGAUGAUCAAAUACCAGAUCACUUGCUCGAAUUGCAACAUAUUUUGGCUUCACAUAAAGUUUGCGGAUUUCCCAUAAACAUGGCAUUUACCGACAUCGAAGCGGUAAUAAAAGCCGUUAAAGCCACGGGAGUUCAUUGCAUUGAAGUUGAAGAAGUUGAAUUUUCAUUGGCUGUUUACAUUCAUCCAUAUCCAAACAAUGUACUUUCCGUUUGGGUUUACGUCGCUUCAUUAAUAAAAAGACGAUGA